CUUCUUUCCUUCCCUCCUUCCUUUUCCCUCCUUGAGUCCCGUUUGGCCCUCGGGCCCUUCCCUCGCCCCCCUGUCCUUCCCACCAUGGGCCCACGCCGAGGACUGGCCCUGCUGCUGCUGCUGCUGCUGCUGCCCCUUCUAGGAGGCUCGGACGCCAAAUGGGUCGGAGGGUCCGGGGGAGACAAUGGCGUGUUCGACCUCUUUGAACUGAUCGGCGCGUCCCGCAAGGGCCCUGGCCGCCGCCUGGUGAAGGGGCCUGACCCGUCCAGCCCGGCCUACCGCAUCGAGGACGCCGGCCUGAUCCCCGCCGUGCCCGACGACAAGUUCCAGGACCUGGUGGACGCCGUGCGGGCCGAGAAGGGCUUCAUCCUGCUAGCCACCCUGAGGCAGCUGAAGAAGACUCGAGGGACGCUGCUGGCCGUGGAGCGCAAGGACGGCUCGGGCCACGUCUUCAGCCUGGUCUCCAACGGCAAGGCGGGCACGCUGGACCUGAGCCUGGCCGUGCCCGGGAAGCAGCAGGUUGUGUCAGUGGAGGAGGCGCAGCUGGCCACGGGCCAGUGGAAGAGCCUCACCCUGUUCGUCCAGGAGGACCGGGCCCAGCUCUACGUGGGCUGCGACAAGAUGGAGAACGCCGAGCUGGACGUGCCCAUUCAGAGCGUCUUCACCCGGGACCUGGCCAGCCGUGCCCGGCUCUACGUAGCCAGAGGGGGUGUCAAUGACAACUUCCAGGGGGGUCUCCAGAAUGUGCGGUUCGUCUUUGGGACCACCCCGGAGGACAUCCUCAGAAACAAGGGCUGCUCGAGGGCCACCAGUGCGGUCAUCACCCUCGACAACCCCAUGAACGGCUCCAGCCCGGCCAUCCGCACCAAUUUCAUCGGCCACAAGACCAAGGACACGCAGGGCGUCUGCGGCUUCUCCUGCGACGAGCUGACCAGCAUGUUCAUGGAGCUGAAGGGGCUGCGCACCAUCGUGACCGGCCUGCAGGACAGCAUCCGCAAAGUGACGGAAGAGAACGAACUGUUGAUCAACGGGGAGGUGCAGAGGCCUCCCAUCUGCUUCCACAAUGGCGUUCAGUACAGGAACAACGAAGAGUGGACCAUCGAUAGCUGCACCGAAUGCCGCUGCCAGAACUCCGUCACCAUCUGCAAGAAAGUCUCCUGCCCACUCAUGCCCUGCUCCAACGCCACGGUUCCCGACGGCGAAUGCUGCCCGCGGUGUUGGCCCAGCGACUCGGCAGAGGACGGCUGGUCCCCCUGGUCCGAAUGGACCACCUGCUCGGCGACCUGUGGCAACGGCAUCCAGCAGCGCGGCCGAUCCUGCGACAGCCUCAACAACCGCUGCGAGGGCUCUUCCGUGCAGACCCGCACCUGCCACCUCCAAGAGUGCGACAAGAGAUUCAACCAGGAUGGUGGCUGGAGCCACUGGUCUCCCUGGUCGACCUGUUCCGUGACGUGCGGCGCCGGGGUGAUCACCAGGAUCCGUCUCUGCAACUCACCCAGCCCCCAGAUGAACGGCAAGCCGUGCAAGGGCGAGGCGCGGGAGACCAAGGCCUGCCAGAAGGACGCCUGCCCCAUCAACGGCGGCUGGGGCCCCUGGUCGCUGUGGGACGUGUGUUCCGUCACCUGCGGGGGAGGCCUGCAGCAGCGCAAGAGGCUCUGCAACGAUCCCAAGCCCCAGUUCGGCGGCAAGGAUUGCAUGGGCGAUGCCACCGGAAGCCAGACCUGCAACAAGCAGGACUGCCCGAUCGACGGAUGCCUGUCGAACCCUUGCUUCGCCGGCUCCAAGUGCACCAGCUUCGCCGACGGCACCUGGAAGUGUGGCGCCUGCCCGUCUGGCUACACCGGCAACGGAAUCCAGUGCAAGGAUAUCGACGAGUGCUUAGAGGUGCCCGACGCCUGCUUCCACUUCAACGGGGAGCAUCGCUGCGAGAACACGGACCCCGGCUACAACUGCCUGCCCUGCCCGCCUCGCUUCACGGGAUCACAGCCCUUCGGACGCAGCAUCGAAUAUGCCACCGCCAACAAGCAGGUGUGCAAGCCCCGAAACCCGUGCACAGACGGGACCCACGACUGCAACAAGAACGCCAAGUGCAACUACCUGGGCCACUUCAGCGACCCCAUGUUCCGCUGCGAGUGCAGGCCGGGCUACGCCGGCAACGGCGUCAUCUGCGGGGAGGACACAGACCUGGAUGGCUGGCCCAACGAGGACCUCGUCUGCGUGGCCAAUGCCACGUACCACUGCAAGAAGGAUAACUGCCCCAACAUCCCCAACUCCGGCCAGGAGGACUACGAUGGGGAUGGGAUCGGGGACGCCUGCGACAAUGACGAUGACAACGACAAGAUCCCGGAUGAUCGGGACAACUGCCCCUUCCACUACAACCCGGCCCAGUACGACUAUGACCGCGACGACGUGGGUGACCGCUGCGACAACUGCCCCUACAACCCCAACCCGGACCAGGCCGACACCGACAACAACGGCGAAGGGGACGCCUGUGCCGUGGACAUCGACGGGGAUGGCAUCCUCAAUGAGCGGGACAACUGUCAGUACGUGUACAACGUGGACCAGAAGGACUCUGACAUGGAUGGGGUCGGAGAUCACUGCGACAACUGCCCGAUGGAGCACAAUCCCGACCAGCUGGACUCUGAUUCAGACCGCAUUGGCGACAAAUGCGACAACAAUCAGGACAUCGACGAGGACGGCCACCAGAACAACCUGGACAACUGUCCCUACGUGCCCAAUGCCAACCAGGCGGACCACGACAAGGACGGCAAGGGGGAUGCUUGCGACCCCGACGACGACAAUGACGGCGUGCCCGAUGGCAAGGACAACUGCCGGCUGGUGCCCAAUCCUGACCAGAAAGACUCAGAUGGCGACGGCCGUGGCGAUGCUUGCAAGGACGACUUCGACCAAGACAACGUGCCUGACAUUGACGACGCCUGUCCCGAGAACGUGGACAUCAGCGAGACCGACUUCCGCCGGUUCCAGAUGAUCCCGCUUGACCCCAAGGGCACAUCCCAGAAUGACCCCAACUGGGUGGUGCGUCACCAGGGCAAGGAGCUGGUCCAGACAGUCAACUGCGAUCCCGGCCUGGCCGUGGGUUUCGACGAGUUCGACGCCGUGGACUUCAGUGGCACGUUCUUCAUCAACACCGAGAGGGACGAUGACUACGCCGGCUUCGUCUUCGGGUACCAGUCCAGCAGCCGCUUCUAUGUGGUCAUGUGGAAGCAGGUGACCCAGUCCUACUGGGACAGCACCCCCACAGUCGCCCAGGGAUACUCCGGCCUCUCGGUCAAGGUGGUCAACUCCACCACCGGGCCCGGCGAGCACUUGCGGAACGCCCUGUGGCACACCGGCAACACAACUGGACAGGUGCGAACUCUGUGGCACGACCCCCGCCACAUUGGCUGGAAAGAUUUCACUGCCUACAGAUGGCGUCUCAGCCACCGCCCCAAGACCGGCUACAUCAGGGUGGUCAUGUACGAGGGCAAGAAGAUCAUGGCUGACUCCGGGGCCAUCUAUGACAAGACCUACGCCGGGGGCCGCCUGGGGCUGUUCGUCUUCUCCCAAGAAAUGGUCUUCUUCUCCGACCUCAAAUACGAGUGCAAAGACUCCUAAUCACCGAUCCAAGGGCCAGGAGACUGACAGAGCACGCCGGCCCGCCCCUUCUGAGACACGGGACCCUCUCUUUACUCCUCCUCCCCCUACUCCUCUCCCUCUGCUUGCCAAAAUGUGGGUGCGUGGCCCACCCAAGGGGCGGGCCCCGGAACCAACCUCGUCCCUCUUGACCACGCAAGGCCCCGCGGCCGUCCGCCCGAUAACAGCUGCCCUGGCCGCCCCAGCCUGGCACCUCGUUCCUCGGGGACCCGCCGCAUCCAGUCUGCCAUGGGCUCCAAGAGGGAAAUGGGGCCCUCCCCUUCCCCCCGCUCUCCGCCGUACCCCGGCAGGGGGGCUGGCCGGCGAGGACAGACCAAAAGGGAACGAUCACAGGCCUGCUACCGAGUUUGCUUCCGGAGGACGGAGGAAGAGACCGCCGGCUGCGAGGGCGAGACCCUGCUGGACGCCCUCCUGGCUCUGCUCUCCCUCUGUCCCUGUCCCUCGCACUCUGCCCCUUUCCAGGCCAUAACUAGGACCCCCACAAAGCCGGCAGGUUGCCAGGCGAGGCGGCCCCAGCCGGGUCAAGGAGGGAGAGAAUCGUUUGGUUCCAGAAGUAGCUUGCACAGAUGUAGCAGCAAAAUUGGGCAGCCCCUCCUCCCUUCUCAGCAGGCCCCUGGCUACCCUCAAAGGUACCGGACCCCCUCGGGCCUGCCCCUUAUGGUUACAAAGGCACAAAUGAUCGCAACCUGAAUGCAAACAUUCCUUCUUUUUUUUUUUCUUUAACUUCGGGACUUUCGAAUAUCACCUUUCGGGGCUAUAGAUGGUAGGGGAUGGAGAAGCACCCCUCCUACCCCCCCACCAUAAAAAGUAAAAUAUUUAUUUUCUACCUAUCCUGGGUGUUCGAGACUGAAAGACCAUUCAAGAAUCAGGAAGAAGGAGGCAUCCAGAAGAUUCCCCCUAAUCAUUGACUGGAGUCCGUAGACUGAAAGAUUGUAAAUAUAGAUUAUUUAUUAACUCGCUUGGCUCUCCCUUGAAUCUAGACUGGGUUUGGACCAGUCUGUUGAGAUGUGUUUAGUUUUAGAAGAGACAUUGGAUUGAGGUGCGUCCCACCCCACAAUGCAGAAAGAAGCAGGGGUGGGAAUGGGGAUGUGAAUUUUUUCAGUUUGUGCUUUGUGUGAGUGAUUUUACUUUUUUUUCCUUGGUUUUUGUUUUUUUUUUACAUUUUUUGGUCUUAUUCCUUGUUGGUCCUUUUUUUUUUUUGCGGUUUGAUGUGGACUAGCAGGUGAACUUUCAGGUGGCCCUGAGUGGCCAGUGGCUUCAAUGCCGACAGCCCUGCGCUCAGGCAGUCUGAGCGAGGGAAAGGCAUUUAUUUACACCUAGUAUCUUUCAUUUUUCCAAAAGAGAAAAAAAAAUGACAAAGGUGAAACUUAUGUACAAAUAUUACCUCAUUUGUUGUGUGGCUGAGAAAAAAAAAACCUUUGUAUUAAGCAGAAAGUUUUUUUUAAGUGUUUAAUGAACUUUAAAGCUACUGUAGUAUUAACCAUUUGCUGUUGUACAUAGUCUAAAACACAUUCCUUGGGUGUGAACCCAACACAUACGUGGCUUUGGCUAGAUGUCUGAUCUGAUUUUAGAGGUGUGUGACUUUGUCGGCCAAUUUGUAUACCGUCGCUUUAUUUUUAUAAAUUAUUUUUCAUAUUACCAUUGGGAUAGAUCUCGUACGGUUUAGAGUCACUAUUUAAAAUAAUUUAUCAGAAGAUGCUACCUGUAGAGUUAGUAUUUCUAUUUUUAUAAGAUAUUUGCACACUGAAUUGAAGAUUUUUUUUUCCGCUUCAUACCCCGAGUUUUUACUACGAGCAUAUACUUUUUUUUCUCCUAAGAACAUGCUUUUUGUACACUUUUAACCAUUUUCCAUUUUAAGGCAGUGUAAGCUGUACAAUGGGCUCUCUUUCCCACAACCAACAAUAAACCAAUAUGGAAAUCGA